CUGACAGCACACGUUGACUGAUGAUAUGCUAUAGUAACAUUAUUCGUCUUGUUUAUCCAAUCAUAGUCCUAGUCGAGUUAAAAGAACCCAUAAGUUAAAAAACAGCAUAAUUGGAAAUAAGUAUGAUUGAGCAGAAAUAAGAAGAAAAAAAAAAAAAAGUAAGAUAGAUAACGAUACUAGAGACUAGACUCAAGAGACGAUAGAGGUCAGAGACACUAUACCGCAAGUAGAGAUCAGUGAAGAUCAAAGAAGAUCAACCCCAAAAACAGCGAUAACUCGUGACAAUGGCGUUAUCAAAAUCUGUAGACAUUGUUUACGAACUGGUUGGAGCUUAUUUUCAUAGUCUUUAUACAACUCCGCUAAAAACGAAGGCUCUUACGAGUUGCUGCAUCGCAACUUUGGGUAAUUAUGUAUCACAGAAAUUAUCCAGAGCGAAGCACCUCAAUCACGAUAGUCUGAUUGCAUUCGCUUUAUUCGGCUUCAUUUUUGGUGGACCAGUGCCUCAUUAUUUUUACCAGCAUAUCCACAAGUUAACAAAGCAUUCGCUUGGGAUUCUGCUGAUAGAGAGAAUUUUGUAUACACCAUGUUUCCAAGUCUUGUCAUUGUACAUGCUCGCACGAUUUGAGGGAAAAACUCACGAAACAUCCUACGCUCAGUUGGAGAAGUUAUACUGGCCCGUUCUAGCGGCAAAUUGGAAGUACUUAACAUUGUUCCAAUUUAUCAACAUAACAUUCGUCCCACCAAUGCUACGUGUGCUGGUAGUAAAUCUGAUUGGAUUCUUCUGGUCAAUAUACUUGGCCAAUAAGAGGGCAAAACAAACAGCCAUGGACCGAGCGCGCAAGGAAUAAGAGUUAGUAAAGUGACGAUGGUUUAUAAAUAAUAUUAUUUUUUAUACACUUUUGUAAAUGCAACGCAUAAGAUAUGACAUUUAAUAUAUUGAUCAUGUCGCACCAAAUAUAGAGCGCUAUUAUUCCGUCUGCGACUUUAUGAAAACUUAGAAUAAGCUGUUAUAGCUCACUAAUGGCAAUUAUAUUUUGCUCAAUUAUAUUCCUUAUAUAUACAUGAAUAUGAUCCGUGUACUUAUCGUUAGUAUCGGACUGAGUGUAAAAUGUUUCAGGGCACAAGCUAAUUUCGAAAUGAGAAAUGACAAUAUUAAUUGUUAAACCUAUUUAAAGUGUUGGCCAAAUUAUAGGUAUAAAUAAAAAACAAAGCAAUAUUAAAUUGGAGAAGGCGGGGAAAUGAAUUUCUUACCUUUAUCAUUAUUGUCAUUUUCUGCAAAGAACAAUCCUGGUUGGUAUUCCUACAGAGAAUCCACAGCUAGAAGAUCUUUCUUGUACCAAUUAAGUUCCAGGGAAUCCUGCAAUGGCAACUAAACAAUCAAUAGCAGCUUGUUGACAGCAAUUUAUUUUUUUAUCAAAUAAUAAUGGCUUAGGGUUUCUUUUUCUUUUUUUUGAGCUAAAAGUUUUUUUGCUCAAGUAUCGAUUUUCUGAAGCCUCUUUUCAUUAAUUGGAUCUUCCAGAAUUCCAGAAAUAUCUCGAGAACAUCGUAGGAUCAACGGCUGGAAAUAUAAAACAUGAUUUAACGAUUAGCAGGUUUGUAAUGAAGGGUAAAAUUUGAAAGCAUUUUGAUUUAAUCACACACAACAAUACAGAGUAUAUUACAGAUAUAAUCAUCAGAUAUUUGCUUUAACGAUUGUAACAUUCUGAAUUAGUAACUAUUUUGUUUGUGAAGGGUUCAAAAUCGGUAGCAAUUUUCAAGUCUCAUAUUAUUAUUCUGUUUUGAGAACAGAGGAUUGCAAAAAUGUUACAGUAUAAAAGUGUAAUACUGCAAAGCAUUUUUUUCUAAACCAUUUCUUUUUCUCAAUUUAAUCGGGAAUUGGUCUUCGUAAGAAUUCAACAAUUAAAAAGAAAUGAAAUAUUGAAAUUUCGAAGCUACUCGAGCAGCCUGUGGAGGUAUCGCUACCGUUUCUAUUUGACUAGGCUAAAUAGGAUGAAGCUGUAGAAUCCAAGUUUUUUCUAAAAUUUCUCUAAGAUGCCUGAAUCGACUCGCCAUUUUAUUUCACUUAAAAUUAGAUACUAGGUACGCGAAAUUACUAUUCAUUCAUUUAUUUAAAAUUUUUCGUUACUCAUGUCAUACUCAAAUACACAAUCACGAAGGCUUUUGGAAGAAAGAAUUCUAAAUUAGGUCGAUAUUUGCUCUGAAUUAUUUUUUUUUCAAAAUUAAUUGCAAUAUUUACAUUUUGAAUUACGAAAUUUGUUUGACAACUCUUUGAAAACAUUUUGAAAAAACAAAAAUUAAGUUCUCGUGAAAACUUCUUCGUAAAUAUAUUGAAUUUUUUUGAAAAUUAUCAUUUGAUUUGUACGUCACCUAUUUACGAAUUGUUAAUAAGGUAUGUAGACUUCAACAGAGUUAAUGGUUUCUUGAAAAGAUAAAUAAUUAUACCCACGAUUGCUUAGUUUAUUUUUUUGUUCAAUGACCUAAUUCAACAAGUUUUUUAGAGCAGUGAAUUUGCUCAAAUUUAAUAUUGGCGACAUUUACAUUUCUCUUGAAACGUUUUGAAAGCGAUAACGAGCAAUACCUACUCGCAUUUUCAAGUUAUUCGUUGCUGUAAGACGCACAUACUCGAAUGAUCAAAAAUCCAUCACAACAGACACUUCGUAAUGAUGUUCAAAUAUGAACAUGCUUCCACCAAGUAUAAUGGAAGUAAUAUAUUAAAAAUACAUUUCAUGAAUAUUUGAAAUAGGACUGGCACAUUAUUUUCUUCCUACGCACUAUGCGAAGAUUUGCUACCGCGGGUCACCAGUAUUUCAGUGCAGGGUAUUGACAUCCGGCAUAGAAGUAUCGGGGUCCAUUAGUGCAAUAACAACUAAAUAUACGGUUGAUUUCAUUAAUGCUAAAUUAAUUAUUGGAUUUGAAUAUAACCGUCAAUAAUGCACACUUUGCGCAUAAUAUUAGAACCGAUGGUACAACUGAUGUGUUUUACGAGGGAGGGGGGGGGGGGGGGGGUGGAUAAAGGUCGCACAACAAUACCACACGAGAAACUGAACCUCGGACAUAUCGAAAGGUCAUUUGGUGAGGGCUGAAAAAACACUGUACUUCCCUAUUUUUAUUUGUUUCAUAAUGUUACGACAAGGCCUCGGCGUACGAUCAAUAUUGUACUCAUAAAAUAAAAUCUUUUGUGGGGUAAAAAUAUCAUUCGAAUGAAUUCUAUUAUUUCAGUGCUUCAUUGUUAGUGCAAUAUUAAUAUUCUUUUAUGACUUUGUUGUUAGAAUAACUGUUAUAUUUACUAGUAUAUAUUAAAAAUUAACUUCAGUACCUUUUUCAGUUGAAUCAUAUAUCUUUUGAACCGAUGCCUGGUUUCUCAUUCGGUACCUCAUUAAUAAUAUAAAGGUAUUACACGUCUUAGACCAAUGAGUAUUAUAGAACGAAUCAACAUUGAACAUUUCAUCUUAUAACGUGUGUGGGCGUAUCAUAUUUUUUGUCACUAAAUAACGCACUCAGACACACGGGGCUGUUUAUCUUAAAUCUUUCAGAGUCGAUUAUUUCAAUUGUUUUUUUUUUUUUUUAAUAUCUUGAUAUCAUUUUUCUUCCAUCAUCAUACGCUGAAAAGUAUUCAUGGUACAAGGAGUCGAAUG